AAUAAAUGAAUUCACUUUCUCUUCCCAGGUAUGAAUGCUGCAGUACGUGCGGUAGUGCGUAUGGGGAUCUACGUAGAAGCUAAAGUGUAUUUUAUCUAUGAGGGUUACCAAGGUAUGGUUGAUGGAGGUGACAACAUUGUUGAAGUAUCAUGGGAAAGUGUUUCAAGCAUCUUGCAAGUGGGAGGGACAGUUAUUGGUAGCGCACGCUGCAAAGAAUUUCGUACCCGGGAAGGCCGUUUGAAGGCAGCUUUCAACUUGAUUCAGCGUGGAAUCACUAACCUUUGUGUGAUUGGUGGUGAUGGUAGUUUAACAGGUGCUAAUCUCUUUCGUGAAGAAUGGAGUGGACUUCUAGAGGAACUGGCACAAAGUGGCAAGAUUGAAGAAGAAGCUGUGAAGAAAUAUGCUUACCUCAACAUUGUGGGGAUGGUUGGAUCCAUAGAUAAUGACUUCUGUGGCACAGAUAUGACCAUUGGUACUGACUCAGCCUUGCACAGAAUCAUUGAAGUUGUGGAUGCCAUCAUGACCACUGCUCAAAGCCAUCAGAGGACCUUUGUCCUAGAAGUUAUGGGAAGACACUGUGGGUAUCUAGCUCUUGUUAGUGCAUUAGCUUGUGGUGCGGAUUGGGUAUUUAUUCCGGAAUACCCCCCAGAAGAAGGAUGGGAGGAUCAGAUGUGUGUUAAGCUUUCUGAGAACCGUGCACGAAAGAAAAGGCUGAAUAUCAUAAUUGUGGCAGAAGGUGCCAUUGAUUCUCACAACAAAUCUAUAACUUCAGAAGAGGUUAAGGAUCUUGUGGUUCAGCAGCUGGGAUUUGACACUCGUGUGACUAUCCUCGGUCAUGUUCAAAGAGGUGGUACUCCUUCAGCUUUUGAUAGAAUUUUGGCAAGCCGUAUGGGCGUGGAAGCUGUCCUGGCCCUUCUAGAGGCUACAGCAGAUACCCCUGCUUGUGUUGUAUCCCUGUCUGGGAACCAAGCUGUCCGUCUGCCUUUAAUGGAGUGUGUGCAGAUGACUCAAGAAGUACAGAAAGCAAUGGAUGAAAGAAAGUUUUGUGAGGCUGUGAGACUUCGUGGAAGGAGCUUUGAAAACAACCUUAACACCUACAAAUUAUUGUCUCACAGAAAACCAGAUACAGAACUUCCAAAGGACCAUCUCUCAUGUAGUACUAAUUUUAAUGUGGCAGUUUUAAAUGUAGGUGCCCCUGCAGCUGGUAUGAAUGCUGCUGUCCGAUCUGCAGUAAGAGUUGGCAUAACUGAAGGUCACACCAUGUUUGCUGUCACUGAUGGAUUUGAAGGCUUUGCUAAUGGCCAGAUAAAGGAAAUCAGCUGGGGAGAUGUUGGAGGUUGGACUGGCCAAGGAGGGUCGCUUCUUGGCACAAAACGUACCCUCCCUGCAAAGUAUUUGGAGAAGAUUGCUGACCAGAUGCGCACUAAUAACAUCAACGCCCUUAUGGUUAUUGGUGGAUUUGAGGCCUACCUGGGACUUUUGGAAUUAUCAGCUGCCCGUGAGAAAUAUGACGAGUUCUGUGUUCCAAUGGUUAUGGUUCCUGCAACUGUAUCCAACAAUGUACCGGGUUCAGAUUUCAGCAUUGGUGCAGAUACUGCUCUGAACACUAUAACUGAUGCCUAUGAAAGUUGUCUGCAAUUAGCUGAGGCACGUGCUCGCUUUGAGGAGUUUUGUAUUCCUAUCUGUGUGUUGCCAGCUACUAUUAGCAACAAUGUGCCAGGCACCGACCUUAGCAUUGGUGCUGACACUGCCCUGAAUGCUAUUGUGGAGACAUGUGAUCGCAUCAAACAGUCAGCCAGUGGGACCAAGCGUCGUGUGUUCAUCAUUGAGACAAUGGGUGGCUACUGUGGUUACCUGGCCAAUAUGGGGGGCCUUGCUGCAGGUGCGGAUGCUGCUUAUAUCUUUGAAGAGAAGUUUGAUAUUCGAGAACUCCAGGCUAAUGUGGAGCAUUUGACCGAAAAGAUGAAAACCAGCAUCCAGCGUGGUCUAGUGCUGAGGAAUGAGAACAGCAAUGAGAAUUACACAACUGACUUUAUCUACCAGCUAUAUUCUGAGGAAGGAAAAGGCGUGUUCGAUUGCAGAAAGAAUGUAUUGGGCCACAUGCAGCAGGUAAAUAAAGUUACGAACUUUCCUCUGUAUACAGCAGCAGGAUUAAUUUAGUGUGUGUGAACUGCCGUCACCAUUCCAGGAUUAUGCACAAGUGGUCCUUCUUGCAUCUAUACCCUUUAGACCGGUGGUGGGCAACCUGCGGCCCGCGGCCUGCACGUGGGUAAUCUGGGUAAUCUGCUGGCAGACCGCGAGACGGUUUGUUUCCAUUUGCAUGGUUGCCUGCAGCUCCCAGUGGCCGUGGUUCACCGUUCCUGGCCAAUGGGAGUUGCAUGUUGCCCACCACUGCUUUAGACAAAAUGAAUGUUACUAAGGGUUUCCUCCAUUGUUACUAUCAACUCCUCACCCAUUUUGGGGUGUUGGAAGGGGAGUAGAAGAGGGGUAAUUUAGUUUUGCAGAAGGAAAUUGCAGCAGAUUCCCUCUUUUACCGUGUCACCUUUUUUGUUCCCCCCCAUCCCUAUUUUUAAAAAAGGGUGCUGUUAUUUUUUAGUAGCUCACUCACUGCCUCUUACAAGACCUCCCUGAAGCUGCCAGUGCAGGAGCAUCUCAUCCCUGGAAGAGAAAUUAGGUUCCUAUAGAACAUUUGUGCUCAUUGUUCACUUUUUCCUUUUGGAGGAGAGGGGAAAUAGUCAUCCUGUUAAUCUUCACUAUGAUUGGCUUUGCCCUGUACAGAACUCCUAGCUAGUGCAUCCCACACACCCAGAUGGGGCACUAGUCAGCCAAUAGCAGUAUGAGAGUGCAUAAGGGCACAAGGAUAAGCAACUAGGAAAUUUACAAUGGGAAGCAGGGCAGGUCUAGGGGAAAGAGUGUUUAAUAUGAGACCCUGGGUCCCUUUCUAGUAGUGACUGAAUAUCUACUGGUUCAUAUGAACCAUAACGUUUUAAUUCCAGCUUUAAAGCUUCAUAUUUUGUUUGAAGUCUUAACCCUGUGCCAAAAUUAUACAACAGCUUCCCUGCCUUGUAUCUAAGUACAUUAUAUAUUUGAUAUACUAACACUGUUCCCGCUUGUUUGUAGUGUAUUUAGAACUAAAUGCUAAGAAUUUCAGUAAAUGCACCCAAAACAGGUUAUACAUAGAAAACAGUAGAAUCUGCUUUCACCUGAGGAGCAUAUAGUUAGAUCCAGUUAAGAGCCCUGUUUUGACAGCUGGAAUAAAAGCGAAUAACUGUACCUUUUGUAUUUUGUCAAGUUCUACGUUCCCAUAGACCAGGGAUUGGCAACCUUUGGCACGCGGCCCGUCAGGGAAAUCCGUUGGCGGGCCAGGCCGGUUUGUUUACCUGCAGCGUCUGCAGGUUUGGCCGAUCGCAACUUCCACUGGCCGCGGUUCGCUGUUCCAGGCCCAUGGGGGUUGCGGAAAGUGGCACAGACCGAAGGAUGUGCUGGCCGACGCUUCUCGCAGCCCCCACUGGCCUGGAACAGCAAACUGCAGCCAGUGGGAGCCGCGAUCAGCCGAACCUGCAGCCGCUGAGGGUAAACCAACCGGCCCGGCCCGCUAGCAGAUUUCCCUGACGGGCCGCGUCAAAGGUUGCUGAUCCCUGCCAAAGACGAUCUAAAGCCCCUAGUGUCUGCUUGUCAACAGUGUUAUAGAUGCACCCACGUAGUAGCGGCUAGAGGUCUCUUGAUUACAGCCUCCGCCCUGUGAUGCAACAGUGCCAGCGCCCCUGAAGCACUGGCCUGGCCUGUUUGCUCGCUCCCUCGCCAGUUCUUUAUUCUGUCCUUUAUUUGCUUCUCUCCUUGUGUGCAUAUUGCUUUUCCAGCUCUCUCUCUACUGCUGGAAGUUGUAUUGUGCCAUGUUACUCCAGUAGCAAACAUCCUUCAGGCAGUGCUCUAUAGAAGCACCUCACAGCAAUGAGGUAGAAAGUACGUGCAAAUAAGCACUCUGCUGAAGGGGAGAAGCGGGGGGUUAACUAAGUCCCAUUGACUUUAAUGGGAAUUAAGCAUGUCUUUAUGCACGGAUUGUGGAAUUGGAGCUAGUAUCUCAAACUGUCCAGGCAAAGUCCCCUCAAGACUUCCACAUUGGGAAUACUGGGGCUAAGGUAAAGCACUGGGGUGUGUUUAAAAAAAAUGGGGGGAAAGGAGGGAAGGAAAGAGGAGGCUGAAAGAGGCACAGCAGCCCUAGAACAGAGAUGAUUGGUGCAAUGGAAAAACAAGAAUAAUGCUCCUGGUUGGUGCAAAAUUGCAACUAAUCUCUAAUUACAUUUAAACUUUGACAGGGUGGAGCACCUUCCCCAUUUGACAGGAACUUUGGGACAAAAAUCUCUGCAAAAGC